AUGGCCUUCAAAAAAGAUGAAGAGUCCGGUGGGAUGUCGUUCUAUCACGACAAAUCGACCGUCAUACAAGAAGCUAGGGUUUUCAACGAGUCACCCAUCUCUCCAAGGAAAUGUCGAGCUCUCUUGACUCGGAUAGUCUAUCUCUUAUAUGUCGGAGAGACGUUCUCAACCCAAGAAGCUACCACUCUGUUCUUUGGCGUUACCAAGUUGUUUCAACAUAAAGAUAGCGCUCUACGACAAAUGGUCUAUCUAGUCAUCAAAGAACUCUCGACCGUAGCAGAAGACGUCAUCAUGGUCACUUCGAGUAUCAUGAAAGAUAUGCAACCCAAUUUGGAAGUGGUAUAUCGUCCAAAUGCAAUCCGCGCCCUGGCGAGGAUCAUCGAUGCGCAAUCAGUCCAAUCCGUCGAGAGAUUUUUCAAAUCCGCCCUCGUUGACCGCUCACCUUCCAUUUCCUCAGCCUCGAUCAUCUCAUCAUACCACCUCUUUCACAUCGCCCCUACCAUCAUCAAGCGAUGGGCAAACGAAGCGCAAGAAGCAGUCAAUGCGAAAGCUGUUUCAUCGUCUUCUUACAGUGCGAGUGCAAGCUAUCUAUCUGGUGGAGGAUCAGGCGGGUACCAAGCCGUCGCUUCGUCGAGCUAUAUCAUGCAAUACCACGCAUUGGGUCUUCUCUAUUUGAUCAGAGAGAAAGACAGAAUGGCAGUCACCAAAUUGAUUCAGCAAUUUGGACCUGGUGCGAAGGGAGCUAGUGCCGUGGUUCGCAACCCGAUGGCCAUUUGUAUGUUAGCUCGAUUCGCCAGAAAAGUCAUGGAUGAGGACCCCAAUGUACAAAAACAAAUGCAUGAAUUCCUCGAGACACUGUUACGACAUAAAUCCGAUAUGGUCAACAUCGAAGCUGCUCGAGCCAUUUGUGAGAUGCGCAAUGUUACCAACGCGGAACUCUUCCGUCCUGUUGCAGUUCUUCAGCUGUUCCUAUCCUCCCCGAAACCGGUGCUCAAGUUUGCGGCGAUCAAGACCCUCAGCAAGCUGGCUAUGACACACCCUCAAGCCGUGACAGCGUGCAAUUUGGAUAUGGAGAAUCUCAUCACCGAUUCGAAUCGCAGCAUUGCGACGUAUGCUAUUACUACACUUCUCAAGACCGGAAACGAGGCAUCAGUCGAUCGCUUGAUGAAGCAGAUAUCUUCCUUCAUGGCAGACAUCACGGACGAGUUUAAGAUCAUCGUUGUGGAUGCCAUUCGCUCUCUAUGUUUGAAGUUUCCUGCCAAACAGGCCGUCAUGUUAUCCUUCCUUUCCGGCGUGUUGCGUGACGAGGGUGGUUACGACUUCAAACAUGCUGUGGUAGAGGCGAUCUUUGAUAUGGUCAAGUAUAUCAAAGAGUGUCGCGAUACUGCCCUGGCCCACUUGUGCGAAUUCAUAGAAGAUUGCGAGUUCACCAAACUCUCCGUUCGCAUCCUUCACCUCCUCGGCAUAGAAGGCCCAAAAACUCGAAACCCCACCAAAUUCAUUCGAUACAUAUACAAUCGGGUUGUCCUGGAGAACGCCGUGGUUCGUGCUGCCGCAGUGUCCAGCUUGGCCAAAUUCGGCGUCUGUGUGGACGACAAGGCCGUGAUGAAAAGUGUCAACGUUCUCCUUCGACGAUGCUUGGACGACGUCGAUGAUGAAGUCAGAGAUCGGGCCGCUAUGUAUAUCAAGGUUUUGGAGGAGAAAGCUCUGGCGGACAUUUUUGUCCGUGAAGAGGCCACCUUUUCCCUGGCGGCAUUAGAAAGUGAACUGGUUUCAUAUGUCAAAGAUGACUCUCGUCAUUCCACAGCCUUUGACAUAUCUUCCAUUCCCAAAGUUUCACGAGAACAAGCCCAAGCGGAAAUCAUUCAACGACCCUCAGCUCUCGAAUCCAUCACAGCUUCAUCCUCCAAACCAUCCGAACCUUCUCCCUUACCAAGCGCCACUUCUGAGACCGCUUCGAGUUACGCAACACAACUCGCCUCCAUACCAGAACUCGAAGGUUACGGUCCUGUUCUCAAAUCAUCCCCUAAACCCAUCGAACUCACAGAAUCAGAAACGGAAUAUGUCGUCUCCGUCGUCAAACAUAUUUUCAAACAACACAUCGUGUUUCAAUUCAACGUAUCGAAUACUAUUCCUGAUACUGUCUUGGAAGGAGUGACGGUACUCAUGUCCCCUUCACCUGAUAGUGGAUUGACGGAAGAUUUCAUCAUUCCAAUAGAUAGUUUGACCAGUGUCAAAGGAGCUGGAACGGUUUAUGUUUCUUUCACUAGAGAUGAUCCUAUGGAAUAUGCUUCUGGAACGUUUGGAUGUACUUUGAGGUUUGUUAGCAAAGAAGUAGAUCCGAAUACUGGUGAACCGGAAGAAGAAGGAUAUCAAGAUGAAUAUCAAGUUGAGGAUUGUGAUUUGGGUGCUGGGGAUUAUAUCAGUCCGAGUUAUGUCACUUUUGCUACGGAAUGGGAAAAGUUGGUGGAUGCACCUGGGGAGACGGAGACGUUUGCUUUGUCGUCGAGCGAGUCGUUGAAGGACGCUUGCAAAUCCCUCAUCGAAGUCCUCAACAUGGAAGCGUUAGGAGGUACAGAAAGCCCCACAUCCAAUUCCGUCCACACCCUGAAUCUAUCCGGUUUGAUAAGUGGAGGAGGAGGUAAAGUCUUGGCCAGAUGUAGGAUGACAUUCGCCACGGGUCAAGGUGUGACUUUGGAACUUGCAGUGAGGGCGGAGAAGGAACAAGCAGUGAAAUUGGUCAUGGCCGCUAUAUGAUGCAUGCAAUGGUGUGUUGUGGUG